CUAUAGUCGCGGUGUCCCGCACAGCACGAGCAAACGGUUGCCGUUUUCAGCACGGGACAGAUCCUGCACCUUCUCACUGCAACAUGGCGACAGAGUUUCAUAACCUUCAGGAGCUGAGGCACAGUGCAUCGCUGGUAACAAAGGUGUUUGUGCAGAGAGACUACAGCGAAGGAACCGUCUGCCGCUUCCAGACCAAGUUCCCCUCAGAGCUCGACAACAGGAUUGAGCGAACCUUGCUCGAGGAGACGGUGAAGACCCUGAACUCUUACUAUGUGGAGGCCGAAAAAAUCGGAGGUCAGUCGUACCUGGAAGGAUGUUUGGCUUGUGCAACAGCUUAUAUGGUGUUCCUCUGCAUGGAGACACGCUAUGAGAAGGUGCUGAAGAAGAUAUCAGGGUACAUCCAGGAGCAGAAUGAGAAGAUCUACGCUCCUAGAGGUCUGCUGCUCACAGACCCCAUAGAGAGAGGAAUGAGGGUUCUAGAGAUCAGUGUGUUUGAAGACCGGGGUUCGGGCAGCUCCAGUCCCAGCAGCAGCAUAUCAUCGGCAGGCAGCAGCGCUCGGUGACUGGAGGGGCAGCGCCAGGCUUACGGGUACCACCACAGGGGCAGCGGGACUCUUACCAACAUCCGCAUGCUGAAACAUGAGAGCACCAGGUUCUAAGACGAGUGGAGAGCGAAAAAGGCGAGGAGGUGAUCCACAGCAUUCACACUCUCCCUGCUGGGGCCUACAAUGUACCACCACGAGAACAGGAGCUGGCUUACACAAACACACUGGAUAACAGAAUAAACACAAGUGCAACAGAACCCACACAGCUAGCAGACACACGCACAAGCCAACAUCCAGAGUGUCUGUGAGGGAAUGUCUUUCAUUCUCCAACAGCUAUCCAAACCAAAAUCUUUUGUUCCAAUUUUUCCUUUCACCUUCCCUCUCAUUCCAUCACGUCUGUUCCAUGAGUCACACCAUCUCUGUCGUACAGCUGAUUCAGCGGGCUUACCCUUGAUUAGACUGGAUGUCAGUGCUUGAUUGUUUCCAGGGGGGUCACUGUCACUAUGUCUAUCUGCUGACGCAUUGGCAGUGUAGUCUGAGGUCUGUGCAGCAGCUCUGAAAUCUGGAUGGAGGAAAACUACCAGCCUCUUGGGAGACCCAGUGUUCUCCGGUCUCGCUGAAUGAUUGCAUUCAUGUCAGGUGGUUGGGGUCAAGCCGCUUUGAAUGCUGGCAAAUUGGGCCUGCUGUGGGACCGCUCUGCUCUGUGCUCUGUUCACAUGCAUUUGGCUUCAAUAUCAAACAACUAACAGAGAGCACCUUGGAUUAUUUAUCCUUCUCAUUCACAGCAGUGGAUACUAGUGAUCCACAUCACAGCUGCAGGUCACACUCCUACGCAUACACACACACACACGCAUACAAAUGUACACAACCGUGCCCAAGUACUCGUACAGACACUAGUGAGGGGACAUGCACGCACAUGCAUACUGUAUACACAUAACUGUGGCUAGUGGCCCUGCGUUCCUGCACACAAAAUCCUGGCAGACGUGGAGUUGGAGUCGAUCCUACAGACAAUAUUCUCUGUGGUCUCAGCUCAUUGGGAACGCAAGCAAAUCCAGGCAGGCCCUGUAAGACUGCGCUAGUUUCCCUGGUAGUGUGUACAUGUAUCUGGCGUGUUGUGCACAGAGUGUCUGCAGGUCCUUAAAAAGCCUUAAAAUGUCUUCAAUUCAAUUUUAUAAAUAUAGGGUCUGAAAAGUCAUUAAAUAGUCUUUGAUUGAAUACACAGGAUGGCAAUCUGGAACUGCAAAAAUAUAUCAACGACGAAGGAAAUAUUAAAGAGCCUUUAUUACAGCGGUUCAUUGAAAGAACUAACAUGUUUCGACCACUGUAGGUCUUUGUCAGGGCUUUAAAAACUGUUUUUAAUUCUGUCUCUGUCAGGGCUUUAAACAUUUUUAAGGUCUGGCGAAGACCUACAGUGGUCGAAACAUGUCGGCUCUUUAAAUGAUUUAGCUUCAACAAUAAAGGCUUUUUUAAUAUUUCCUUUCUUGUUGAUAUAUUUUUGGAGUGCCUGGAUUGCAUUCCUGUGUAUCCUGUUAUUUCUCCUUUCCAUGAGCACCAGACAUAAGGUUCUCAUCUACGUUUGAUUGUACAGAGCAACCAGUCGUCUCUUUUUACAAGUCUUAAAUGUGAAUUUGUGAGGUCCUACUUGCCACAAACAUUUUAUGCAAUAUAAUUGAUCCAUCUUUUGAUGUGUUUCUGUCAAAAUGAGUCAGGAUCUUCUGCAUUUCAGUCCACAUUUCUGAUGCUGCAAAUCUUUAAACCUACCACUGAACCUAAUACUUUACUUUAUACACGCACUGAUCUGUUGGCAAAAUGUAGAUUAAACAAACUCACACUAAUAACUACAUCUCUACAUGAAAACUAACUCUGUUCAGGACCACAUAUAGACCCUUUUAGGGCUGAUGUCACGAUGACGUUAUUAGUUGGAGGCAAAACAUGAAUUGCCACCACGGGGCUGUAGAGUCUUAAAAUGUCAUCUUGAUGUGUUAUUAGGAGCCAGAAUAGAAGAAGUCAUGGCUCAAAAUAUACAUUUUAUCACAUACCAGCCGCAACUGCCUGUCAACAAAAACGAAGACAACUAAGGUUAAAUGCGAUAAGACGAAAGGACUGAACAGAGGCGAAUAUCAAAAAUGCUCACACGUGCAGCACAUACUUCAUAUCAGGUUAGGGAGAAAGUAUUUACUGUUGUAGGGAUGAAUAACAUCCUGUGCUUUAAGGGUUAUCAUGUCCACCUCAUCAGCAAUUAGGGAGGUAUUAAGAGGAAUAUUGGGUUUCUCUGUAACGCUAACUUUUUAGCGCAUUAAGCUAACAUUAGCUUUAAUAGGAAACUGCUCAAGUGUCGUCCUCCUUUGUAAGACUGGCAUAGUAAUCGACCACAAAGCCGACCAUCCAACCUUCAGCAAUCCUGUCAAAUCAUCCAUCCACUGAGUGAGAGCAUACGGGUCGGCCAGUCUGGUCCCGUUGGUCAGUGUUUACUUAUUCAAGUAACCUGACAUGAUGCAUUCGUGAAUUCAGUCUGACACUCUACACUAAAAUGAGAGCCCCGUUGUUCAAAGAAAUAGAACAUUUUAUAUCUAUAUGAAUUAGCGAACAGUUACGUCAAUCACACGUUCACUCUUCUCGGCGCUCUGCUGCUCCAUCUCCUUAGACAGUGCCUAGAGUGUGCUCUGCCACUCUAAGAGUGCGGUGCUCUGCAUAACUAAACUGUACAUUCCGACAGCGCUCUGAAUUUACCAACAGUCCAGUUUGUGCCAGAGUGCACUUGGAAUCAAUAUUUCCGAAAGCACUCUAUGAUGAGAGACUUGUAUCAUCUUCCUCCAUCGUCAAAAACAAGCCAACAGAACUUGCUAGCUAAUGUCUGUGGAGAAUUGUUUUGCCUCCAGCUAAGCCCCACCUACCAAAAACGUCAUACUGUUUACUAACAGCUAUAUAGCCGAUUUCUCACCUCUAUACUUGCAUGCAAUGCUUGAAUAAGAGAAAGAUGAUUUGUCAAAAAAAAUCUGUCAUAAAUUUGGUUUAAAGUCAUCUUGAAGAGGUCUUAAAGAGCAUUAAAUCUAACUGUCUGAUACCUGUAGACACUUCUGGUGUGUGUGUGUGUGUGUGUGUGUGUGUGUGUGUGUGUGUGUGUGUGUGUGUGUGUGUGUGUGUGUGUGUGUGUGUGUGUGUGUGUGUGUGUGUGUGUGUGUGUGUGCCAUCAGUUCCAGCUUUACCUAGUGUGAGAUGAGCUUGCUACUCAUUAGGAAGAUAUCAAAAAGCAAGGAUCAGUGUCCCAAAUGAGAGCUGAACACACAAUGUAUGUUAACCAGUACAGGUGUGUGUUCGUAUGUGAGUAUAGGUGUGUGUAGGAGAAUCAGCACACACAGAGUUCAGUAACCUCUGCUGGUCUGCCUGUACUGCUCAUGGAGAUACAGAUUAUUUCUGAUUAUACAAAAUGCAAAAUUAAAACAGCAAUAUUAGAAACACAGAGAUAUUGAUGCAUGUGAGAUUUAAGAUUUAAAGUGUCUCUAUCUUCAAAGUCUUUCAUCUUUCACUUGUCUGUUAUGUAUCAUCAGACAUACAGGCAUUAGUUUAAUGUCAUUUUGACAGUUGUAGCUCCCUCUAGGGUCAGACUGAGGAACUUCUGCACUUCUGAAAGUAAAAUCAUUAAACAUAUUUGAGUAUAAAGGCAAAGAUAGCAUGAUCCAAACCUAAUAAGCUCCUUAAUGAAACCUAAUAUUCAUGUAACACUACUUAUUCACUCUACCGCACUGCCCUGCAGGUUCCCUCGUAGUUCAGUAUCCUCAGCACACACUGACAAUGCAGCCUGAGGAGCAUGUAUUCUGUCUCUCUCAGAGGGAAAUAAUGCUUCCUGUCUGGCUUAUGUGUUUGUGGAGUCUGAUGAGACAAAGGAUGAUCAUUAUGUAGCAAAAAUGUUGAUGCAAGUAGACAGCACGCCCACACAGCGACCCGAAAAAACUUCAGCCCUGUUUCAGUGUCUGCAUAUUUUUAUUUCUUUUUCCAUAGUGUGUCUUCUGCUUUAUUUUACCAUUUUUUGUUUUGUUUUCUUUAAACUCACCUCAUAACAUGAUCUAUAAAUCAACCUGGGGAGCGUAGCCCUUUGUCUGUUCUUCAGCCACAUCGUUAGCUUUGAGCAGAACCCUCAGCAGAGCCCCUGCCUCGCAACCAGCCUUGUGUACCUUCACCAGAGCAGUGUCAGGUUGAAGUUAAACCGCCCACUGGCUUCAGUCCAGCGAACAGUUUGAUUCCAGCUUGACAUUUUACUACCUGGGCGAGUGAGAUGAUCCUACAAAGACAUUUUCCCACAGCAGUUGACUUCAGUUGUGCUUGUGUUCAGCCUCCUGUUCUUUUUGAUGCCUUCAUGUUUCAUCCCAGUGGAAUGGAUACCCAACCUGGGGCUGAUGGACUGACCAAUUAAAAACUGACUCAACACUGCCAAUAAGCGAAUAAAGGAGCUCAUUGGACAAUGUAUAAAGAAAAAACACAGUGAGUGUGUAUGAACUGUACAGGAGACGGACUGCACUGUACAUGCUUGUCAAUGAUCAUCCAUGCUGAGUCUGUGAAGUGUAAAGAAGUGGAUGGAAACGCCAUAAUGCUAUUUAAUUCCAAAACAUCACUGUUGCCCAGUAUUAGUCCCUGAAGACAUUUUUAAUGUUUUGAUAUCGUCUCUAAUUUGGGCAUCAAGUGACAGAGCAGCUAUAAAAGCAUAUCGUCUGUACAGCUGUGAGCUGCUGUUUAGUUUCUUCUGUAGAAUGAAGAUAACCUUUAGAUUUGUCCAAAAACAAGUGUUGAUAAUGUAGCUGGUGAUAUUGUUAGUAAUAAUAACAAUGUCAGUUAUCAUGGUGGUGAUAAACAGAGGGGUGAUGAUGAUGAUCCUCAGGGGGAAGGCUGAAAUGUGCCAAAUUUAAAGGCUAAAUUUCUUGAAGGAUAAGUUCACAUGUUUAUUAUGCCAACAGUUCUAUAGACGGCACUGCUGGUCUGUGAGUUGGUCCACAGCUUUCCACACUGAAUAUAAAAUGUCCCAACAAGUUUUGGAUGGGUUGACACUAAAUGUAGUUUGUGUGUUCGUGGUGCACAGAGGACGAACGCUUCCAACUCAUGAGGUAUUUUCAGACCAAACACUUCUGGGAGGAAUUAUCUUCUGGAGAACUUUUUUUUUUUUUUCAGUUUGUAUUCGUACCACUAAUAGGAGCACUGAGGCAACGUAAGCUGGCCUACACCUAUUUUGCUUUGAUGAGUCAAAAUCGUGUUGGUUGUCCCCUGUCAUAUGUAUGCUCAGUAAAGCCUGGACUUUACUGUAAAUGCAGUCGUCCAUGUUCUCUUCCAUUUUUCUUGUUACGAGCUGUUGUUUGUGUUUUUAGGUCUCUAUUGUUUACACAGUUAUUGCCGUUUAAAAAUGGUGGUUCUGUGCUGAAUUGGCUCAUGUGUUGACCAAUCACUGUUCACUUCUGUCUCUCAAUUUUCCUCUUGUGCUGGGAGAAAUUUUAUGCUGGGUUCACACUACAUGAUAUCAGCUGGAGCGUCGUACGGAGUUGGCUCAGAUCGUGAACAGCGAUGAGUGUCGUGCAUGAUAAUCCAUCGUUUCAUCUCGUAUAGUGUGUCAUGGUAGACGACAAUCGAUGCCACAUCUGGGACAUCUCACAAUGUCCUGACAGAAGGUCUAACAUGUUUGAUUUUCUUUUUGUUGUUCAUGACUCCCCCCAUCACAGCGGACCAAUAGAGACACAGAGUGAUCUGCUGUCGUGGACAACUGUAUGUCAACAACACCCCAGCCUUUUUUGAUAUUUUCGCUAGGGAAGACCACACAGAGUAAAAAGGGAAAAAUUGUUGAGUGCUACAUUAGAAACAGGCCAUUAUUUAUUAUUUCCUCUGAAAGUAAAAGCAUUAUAAUUUUCGUUAAGAGAAUCCCCUCAAUUUCCAAACAGGCUUUUAUUGUGAAAUAUUUGCAGGAACUUGUUGUGGAGGAUUCAGUGACUUGCAUAAACUGCAUGUAGUACUUAAAAUGUAUCUUCUGCCAUCUGGUGGUGCUUUCUACAUUACUAUAAAAACAUUUCAGCUGGCACAUGAACAGCCAUGGUGAUUGAAAUAAUAGUAAAAUUAAUAAAAAAUAAUGCAAGAAUAACCCGAUGACAUCACACAUGUCGUGAAAGACGACCAGGGAUGAUUGGUUGUGGACCAUCGUAUAGUUUGUCAGGCCUUAGGCCAAGUCACAGCACGAUUUUAUGACUCCUGAAGACAAAAGUGUCAUGCAGUGUGAACCCGGCAUUAAUCUGAGAUGGGAAUUUAAAAAAAAAAUGUCCCUCAAAACAGCGUUCUCUUGUGGUGCAGACACAAUAAAAAGGAGGAUUCUUGGAAAUGUGAAGUUCCUCCAGUCCAAGAACAGCUGUGUUCAUUUUAAGUACCCCCAUGCCAUAUAUACAUUGGCGGACCAGUCACAAUUACAACCAAUAACCCUUUCAGUGACUCUUUUAAUGAAUAUAUGGGCGUAUGAGUAGUGUAUUAAGACGAACUCUGAAAAAUCUGAACCUAUCCUUUAAGACUGAGGUGAAGAAGAAGCACUGUGUGCCAUAUUACAAAGCGUUAUGUAGCUUGUUCCAUCAGGAACAACUUCUUUGAUUAAUGAAGACAACCAAGGGAGUGAAGAUUACGAUAUUAAAUGUAUCCUCGUAAAAAGAUGUGCACUGAGAUAUAUAAGAACAUUAUCGCGCAGUAGAUUAAACUUUGGGUCCUUGAUCCUCUAUCAUGCUGACUAUCAAGAUAACCUCUGUGCCAACACUAGUCUCUGGAGGAGAAGGGGAGAUAUAAAACCUGUUGGCCAAGUGAUGAUGUAUAGUCUUUUUCUGUAUGUAAAUUCCCACAUGUCCUAUAUUUAUCUUGUACUGUAUUUGAGAGCGCAGCAAGUUCGUUCAGACCCAUGGAGCCAUGAGUACUGUAUAUGUAUGUUAUGUUGUUCCAAGUGAGAGAUUAUUCAUAGUGCAAUAUGAUGUCUUCCUCAAAAUGUAAAAAGAUGAUGUGUAGAGUUUUGGUACCAGCCUCUUUGAGUUGCUUUGAGUCCUUGGAGAGACUAAAACUGCAUUGAUGUUUAAUGCUGCAUGAUGUGUGUGUAAACAAAGCGAGAUGACAAGAAGUGAAAUCCCAGAUCAACAAAGCCCCUCGGUUGUGCUGCUAAGAGAGAGGAAUUUAUAUCUUAUCUUGAUGCUAUUUAUGUGUUUACAUCAGAUUAUUUACAUAUUAAUUGAAAUGGAUUUAUGUAUGUUUUUUCUCAAAGCUGAUUAUUAUUCAGAGCCUGCGGAGAAGAGUUUCAGCUGUCUCCAAGAGAUGAAUAAAGUGUCUGAGGAAGUUGAUGGAAAGAGAGUUAUUGUGACUGGAGGCUGCUGUUUGUAUCCAUCAGCGUUCAAAGUGCCGUGUCUCUGCUCAGAGUUCAUGUGAGGUAACGCUGAGUCUCUCUGUUACACACAUCUCUCAGGACGUCCACAGAGGGAAACUCCACAAUGAGGCUAAGUCACCUGAGGGCAGGGCGUCCAGGUGGUCGAUACUGGAAGGUAAAUUCUUGUAGUGUACCUCAGCGGCCUUAAACUGUGGCAAUCCUGGAAUGUAACUAAGUACAUUUACUUAAGUACUGAAAUUAAGUAUAGUUUUGACGUAUUUGAUCUUUUCGUGUGUUUCCAGUUUAUGCUACUUUAUGCUUCUACUUCAGUGGAAACCAAAUAUUGUACAUUUUAUUCCGCACUGUGUAUUUAACACUAUUAUUUGCUUUGCAGAUUCAGAUUAUUAAUACAAACAUAAUGAAUUAUGUUGUAUUAUUGUGGAUUAAGCUCAGCAGUAUAUAAAGAAUAUAAAAAGUAGCCCUAUCUUUUCCAGUACCAAUAUUAGUGAUGUACACGUUAAUGCAGGGGUGUCAAACUCAUUAAAAUCCAUGGACCACAUACAAGCCAAUUUGAUCACAAGUGGGCUUGACCAGUAAAACCAUUGCAUUCACAAGUGCAUCU